AGGGACAUUGCGCAGAUGUUGCUGUAAGUUGACGGUCAGACCCUGACUUUUUCUUUAAAAUGGACUUAUCCUGCUUUUUUCUUGACCCUUUAAAUUUCGUCUUGACUGAGUUGUUGUUGUGUUUUUUUUCUUCUAAUUUUUGUAUAGAUUUUCCGGCAAAGCUAGUGACAGAUCAUCAUGACCCAAGUAAGCCGCUGUGCGAGAAGAAUGGAGGCCACCUGGAUAUUCGUGCAGAUUAUUCUGGCAGCUGUCUUGACACCGACCUCAAAUGCAUGUGUUCUGAACGUAACAACCUCUGAAGUUGAAAUAGGACUAACAUCCAAUGUGUCACUGGACUGUUUUAACCUAUACCCUCCACACGACAUUUCGGACAUUCUCCUGAUGAGGAUACUGAAGUGGGACCAUGAAGAGUGGAGCAGUGUGGCAGAACUCCAGCGCGGAGAAAUGAAAGUCAGACAAAAAUCUGGAGAUGUAUUUGUUGUUGAAGGCAGUAUCGACUCGGCUGAAGACAGUUUCCUGAGGAUUAUUUGGCCUGUGGCAACAGAUGAAACGACUGGCCAGUACCGCUGCGAUGUCAUAACUCUCACAUUUCAGGAAAACGUCGUGUGGCAAAAAAGUCGGCCAGUGUUCAUCACACGUAAAACAGUUCUCACUGUUCAGAUCCUAGGCGAAAUUGUGGAACAGAAUAAAAGAGAAUGUUCUUCGCAACUGAAUAUGCUAAAACAAAACUUGGUGGAAAAUGUAACGUCGACAAUGGAGGUUCUUGAAUCAGGUUUUGAAAACAAGUUGAGGAGCCAGCUACAGGUCCUUGGCCACAGAGUGGAAGAGAACAAGAAAGAAUGUCAGCGCGUACUGCGCUCAAAGGAACGUCAAAUCCUGAAAAAGAUGACGGCGCCCGUGGAGGCACUGGGGGCGAUUUUGGAAAAUAAAUUGGAGAUCCUGUGGAAUGCCUUGAGCAACACGAUCGAGGAGAACAAGAAGGAAUGCCAGAAACAGAAAAGAGACAUCCUUGAAAACAUGGAAGCAGCUUUGGAGAAGAACAAGAGAGAGGUUCUUAAAGAACUGCUCUCACAGAGACAAGAACUUGAGGGGAAUUUAACGGCAACAAUGGAAGCUCUAGAAGAUGUCGAAAGCGAGUUGGAGAGCCAGCUACAGGUGAAAAUCUAUUCUGAUGUAUUUUGGCCCCGCACGUGCACUGACGCCCAGGCUCUGGGUCCCCGGCCUGUGGUCCGGCUUAAUAGAGGCAUGACGGUCGUUUGCGAUACCGUGACGGACGGUGGUGGCUGGGUUGUAAUACAGGUGAGAUCCAUAAUUAUGAUUCAACUGUAA